UCUUGAUGGUAAAAAAAAAAUGGAGGUUUCAAAGUGCGUAUACACAAACUUAAAAGUUAAAAUUGGGAUAAAUAAUUGGAGUGAAUUGGAGUGAAUUGUCCAUUAGACGCGAAAUUGUAAAUUAAAUAUUGUAUGAGUGUAUUUUUGUUUGUAGAUUAAUUGCAUUGUUCUCAACCUGUUGACAUAAUGACAGCUUGAUAUUUAAUAGCCGUUGAUAUAUUUUAAGUAUUACAUCUCAUUGAUAAUUAUUGCUUUUAAAAGACUCCAUAAACAUGGCAGAUGAAAGUGAAGAUCAGUGGCUGUAUGGUGAUUCCGGUGACAGUAAAAAAAGUGAAUCAAAUCAAGAUGAAACACCAUGCGAUGAAGACACAGUUGUUGAAAAUACACCAGCAAUUGAAAAUUCGGAAGAAUCAAUUUGUCCAGAACAACCGGUUGAAACAACAGAAGCUGAUGCAGAAAAAGAUAAUUCUAUUGAUAAAGAUGUAGAUAAAUUAGCAGCAAAAGAAUCAACAACUUCAACAACAACAACAACAGCAACAACUGAACAAACAACAGUUGAGUCUUCAGUGGCAAAUGGUACAAAAGAUCAAGAAGAUUCAAAUGACAGUGAAUCUGAUUCAGAUGAUGAUGUUCAUGUUGUUAUUGGUGAUAUUAAAUCAACUCCAGCAACUGGUUAUAAUAGUUUAAAUAUAAAAAGAACUGGUUUAUUAACAAAUGCACCUGGUGGUCUUGAUAAUUUAAAAAAACAAACUGGAAAAUUUAGUAUUGAUGAUUUUGAAACAAUUGGAGUUAUAAAUGGCAUACAAGCACAUGAAUAUAAUUUAGAUCAAAUUGAAGAUAAACCAUGGCGUCAACCUGGUGCUGAUAUAACUGAUUAUUUUAAUUAUGGUUUUAAUGAAGAAACAUGGCGUGCUUAUUGUGAAAGACAAAAAAGAAUGAGAAGUGAAUCUGGUGUUGGUCUUGUAUUAAAUGCUGGUGGUGGUGGUGGUAUUGGUUCUGGUAUUGGUGGUGUUGGAGGUGGAGGUGGAGGAGGCGGAGGAGGUGGUGGUAUUGGUGGAAUUGGUGGUAUUGGUCCAAAUCAAAAUAUCACACGUAUAUCACAAAUAUCUAUAACAAAUGAUAAUAGUAAAUAUUCAGGAAUUAUGGGACCCAAAAGAGCUGGACCACCACCUGGAAGAAAAAUGGCUGGUACAAUUGAUGUUAUUGGUUCUUCUGGUCUUGCAUCAAGAAGAAAUUUAGAUAAAUCACCACCAAAAGAAAAUGUUAUACAAGUUAUGACAGCUGAUCGUCGUGAAUAUUCAAGAAAACCUGGUUUUCCUGAUAUGAGUGUACCACCACCAACACAUGGACUUCCAUCUAGUUUUGAUAUGCCACCACCACCUGGUCCUGGUUAUCAUGCAAAUGAACCAGCACCAUUUUAUUUACCAGAUCCUGAUUCUUAUUAUCAAAGCUAUGAACCAACUCAAGACAGUCAAUGGGGAAAUGAUCCAACUUGGCAGCCAACAAAUUUAGCAAUUCCAUUGACUCACAAUGACGAUGAUAAAAAUUCUGGACCAAAAUCAAUACCAACAAUGGUGCCACCAUUAUCAAUACCACCAUUAAUAAAUACACGAGAUCAACGUUGUGAUUCAUCAUCACGUGGACCAAUUGAACGAGAACGUAAUGAUAGAGAUAUUGAAUCAUCAAGUAGAGAACGUGAUAGAGAUCGUGACAGAUCAGAAAGAGACAAAGAUUCUAGUAUUCGUGAACGUGAACGUGAACGUGAUCGCGAUCGUGAUCGUGAUCGUGAUCGUGAACGUGAUAGAGAUUCUAUGCCUAGAGAUGAAGAUAAAGAACGUGAACGUGAUCGUUCACGAUCACAGUAUCGCCAUAAAGACAGACAUCGACAUCGAUCAAGAUCACAUUCACGUCGUCAUAAAUCACGCUCACGUAGCUUAAGUCGUCGUAAGAAGAAGUCAAGACGUUCUGAUCGUGAACGUUCAAAGGAAGACAGCGAAUAAAAAUUUAUUUUCUACCUCUUCAUGAAAUAAUAUGAUUUUACAAAAUAAGAAUUUUAAAUAAUAAUAAUUCCCUCAAUUCAAUUAAUAAAGAGUGUUUUUUUGACAGAAUCUUUUCCUUUUUUUUUUGUGGAUUCUUUAACUUGACAUGGACACUUUUAAAUUUCUAAUGCCAAAAAAUCUAGAUGACUACAGAGACAAACAAGAAGAAGAAGAAGAAAAGAAGAGAUUUUUUUUUUAAAUAGCAACAAUUACCUAAUAAAAUUCAAUCUUUAACAAAAUAAACAUUUUAAUAUUUGAUUCGUAAAAAA